CAGCGGCCUGCAGGCCUGCCUGACGGGCGACACAGAGGGGCGACCGCCGCCAGCUCCUGCCCUGCCAUGGGCUCCCUGCUCAGCCGCCGCAUCGCCGGCGUGGAGGACAUCGACAUCCAGGCCAACUCGGCCUACCGCUACCCGCCCAAGUCCGGCAACUACUUUGCCAGCCACUUUUUCAUGGGCGGCGAGAAGUUCGACAUGCCGCAUCCCGAGGGCUACCUCUUCGGGGAGAACAUGGACCUGAACUUUCUGGGCAACCGGCCCGUCCAGUUUCCUUACGUGACCCCGGCCCCUCAUGAACCAGUAAAGACCCUCCGGAGCCUGGUGAACAUCCGCAAAGACUCCCUGCGCCUGGUCAGGUACAAAGAAGAUGUUGACAGCCCCACAGAGGAGAAUGGGAAGCAGAAGGCUUUAUACAGCCUUGAGUUCACCUUUGAUGCAGAUGCCCGGGUCGCCAUCACCAUCUACUGCCAAGCAACGGAGGAGCUGAUUGGUGGCAUGGCUGUCUACAGCACAAAGAACCCUUCUCUGCAGUCGGAGACGGUGCACUACAAGCGAGGGGUGAACCAGCAGUUCUCCCUGCCCUCCUUCAAGAUCGACUUCUCCAGCUGGAAGGAUGAAGAGCUGAACUUUGAUCUGGACCGGGGCAUUUUUCCAGUGGUCAUCCAAGCCACGGUAGACGAAGGCGAUGUUGUUGUGGAAGUGACUGGCCAUGCGCACAUCCUCCUGGCUGCCUUCGAGAAGCACGUGGAUGGCAGCUUCUCUGUGAAGCCCUUGAAACAGAAGCAGAUUGUGGACCGGGUGAGUUACUUGCUUCAGGAGAUCUACGGCAUCGAGAACAAGAAUAACCAGGAGACCAAGCCCUGUGAUGAUGAAAACAGCGACAACAGCAACGAGUGUGUGGUGUGUCUCUCGGACCUGCGGGACACUCUCAUCCUGCCCUGCAGGCACCUCUGUCUGUGCAACUCCUGCGCCGACACCCUGCGCUACCAGGCCAACAACUGUCCCAUCUGCCGUUUGCCCUUCCGGGCGCUGCUGCAGAUCCGGGCCGUGAGGAAGAAGCCGGGGGCCUUGUCGCCCCUCUCCUUCAGCCCCGUCUUGGCCCAGAGCCUGGAUCGGGAGGAGCAUUCGUGCUCGGACAACAUCCCCCCGGGGUACGAGCCCAUUUCCCUGCUGGAAGCCCUGAACGGCCUGCGCUCCGUCUCACCCUCCAUCCCCUCGGCUCCCCUCUACGACGAGAUCAGCUACUCCGGGGUGCUGGACGGCCUCCCUCCAUCUAGCAGGCCCCUCGUGGCGCUUGACCGAGGAGGUGUGGAGAGCAGCCACCAGAAGAACAAGCGCAGCAAAUCCCCAGACAGUGCCCUCCGGUCCCCCUCCUCACCGAUCCACGAGGAAGAUGAGGAGAAAUUCUCGGAAGACCUGGCCCUGGAGCCGCCUCUUGCUGGGACCGGGCGCAUCCUGGAUGAAGACGGCUCCCCUGAGAGCCUGGCAGCUGAAGAAGCCGAAGCGGUUGCCGCCCUGCCACAAGGUAGCCAGCCUUCUUCCGGGAAGGAUCUUGUCCAGGAGAGCAGCAAAUCCUGCGAGGCCCUCCAGAAAACAGAGAGUGAGCUGCCUGCUGACGUCUACCUGCCAGGGAGGAUGAAACGGGCCCGGCUCUUCCAGCAGCUUUGCAGCACCAAACGGCUCCCCUCUGAGCCCCAGGAGCAUCGGGGCUCCCGCACUGCCCAGCUGCCUCUGUUCUCUCCUCCAGGGUCCUCUGACUUCACCGGCGGCCUCCCGAACCCAGGGAGCAGCAGUUCUGGGCAGCCGUUCCUCUUCCUUCAGCCUCACCUCCGCCUUGAAAGUGGGCCGAACCCACCCUGAGUCCCUGGGCCAAGAACCAAACUCCAAGCGCCUGGGGCCUUUUUCCUCCCCCCCCCCUCCUGCCCUGAAGGGACACAGCUGCAGGCACAAAGCAAGAUGGACGUGUUUUUCCCCCCCUUCCCUGGGCCUGCCUCAGGCCAGCACCCUCCCUCUUUUCUGGAUGUGUGUCUUUGUAUGGACGUGCAUGUCCCCUUUGUGGCCGCGGUCGGGAAGACCCCUUCCCCGUCUGCUGCCAUGGGCCGUCCUCUCCCCAGGGGGGCCCUUUCCAAGCCCCUGCUCUCUCGCUUGGCCGUUCCUGGAUGCAGCUGGCCCUUUGGGACCUCUGAGAGAGCAGCUGCGCUCAAGCGCCUCCCCAUGUCCAGGCGUGCGAGUUAGAGGGCCGUUCUCUCCAUCUCCCUGCCAAACGCAGCCCCUGCCACCUGGUGAUUGUAGCCACGGUUCUGGGACUUUCUCCCCCUCCAGGCCGGCCCUCAUGACUUGUGCAGGAGGCCCCUUGUCCUGCUGCCCUCCCCACCUGCAAGUCUCUUCUAGUGCCUGUCUUCUUUCCACACCUAGGUGGUGUGUUCCUAUAUUUAUAGUAAUAAACCUUUUGGUGUCA